AUGCCUCUGGUCAAACCACCUGUCCGGCCGCAGCCACGGCAGCCCGUGAGCAGGCUGCAAAGUAUCAAACCACCCCAGUCAGGAGCUAUACCACUCAAACGUUCCGUGGGCAUACAAGUCCCCCGAGUGGGUAGUAUGAGCAGCAGCAGUGGUCUAAGCCAUGCAGCAGCGCCACCGCCAAAAAGGCCGGAAAGCAAAAAGCCAGCCGAGACAUGUCCUAACCCUAACUGUCCUGAUCCUCGCAUCAUUCGUGAUGAGGAUAUGAAAGUCUGUGAGACUUGUGGUGCGGUCGUUAGUGAGGAUACUCUUGUCUCUGAAAUAAGCUUUGGGGAGACUUCGGCCGGUGCAGCGGUCGUUCAGGGAUCCUAUGUCGGUGCCGAUCAGACUCAUACUCGGAGCAGUGGACCGGGUUUCCAUCGCGGAGGAGGCAUGGAAAGUCGUGAAAUCACUGAGCAGAAUGGUGCCCGCUAUAUUCAACAGAUGGCACUAGCUUUGGACAUCCCCGAGAGCGCGCAAAAGGCUGCCGGUCAGGUAUUCAAGUUGGCCGUUGGAUUGAACUUUAUCCAGGGUCGACGAACCAAGACCGUUGCUGCAGUGUGUUUGUAUAUUGCCUGUCGACGACAGCCCGGAAACACAGUCAUGCUUAUUGACUUAUCCGAUGUCUUGAUGAUCAAUGUGUUUAAAGUCGGUCGGGCAUAUAAGAUGUUGUUGGAAGAAUUGCGACUCGGCGGCACGGUGUUUACGAUGAAUCCCGUUGAUCCCGAGAAUCUGAUAUUGCGUUUCGCCAAGCAGCUUGAGUUUGGUAACCGGACCAUGCAUGUUGCUAAAGAAGCCGCGAGGAUUGUGCAGCGUAUGAAUCGUGACUGGAUGACAACCGGGCGUCGUCCAGCGGGUAUCUGUGGCGCUGCUCUGAUUCUAGCAGCACGUAUGAACAAUUUCCGACGCACCGUACGUGAAGUCGUUUACGUUGUCAAAGUCACUGAGGUGACUAUCAACCAGCGACUGAACGAGUUUAGCUCUACGGAUAGUGGCGGUCUUACCGUCGAUCAAUUUCGAUCUGUUCACCUGGAGAAUGCGCAUGAUCCCCCGUCUUUCAACCCCAAGAAGAAAGAAGGUCGGAAGAGAAAGUCGAAAGUACUAGAGACUGCAGCAGAAAUUGAAGAUUCUGAAACAGAGACGGAGACAGAUGCUCAACCUACCCCACCACCACUACCUAAGCAACCACGCAUCGAUGCAGAUGGUUUCGCUAUUCCGGAAAUCCCUAUAGAUCCUGCAUUGACUGCUAUAGAUCCCGCGCUGAGUGCGGGAAAUUACCAAAGUACAACUGCGCAGAAUACAGUCUCUAGUAUUGAGGCGGAGCUUUUGGCGCAGUCAGUUCUCGAUAGCGAACGAGAACAGACAUCGAAAAAAGGAAAGAAGAAACAAACAGUACCCGAACCAACUCCUGAAGAGCUUGCUUCUGAGGAAGCGCUCGAGAAUGAAAUGAAUCAAUUCCUGGCUAAUGGCUCCGACAUGGUCGAAGCAGCAGCGACGAAUAGAACCGCUACCGCCGCAGCAUCAAAUACAAAACCCAAGGCACCAGUCUCCGACAACAGGGAGAUUGAAGCCUCUGAAUUCGAGUCUGACCCUGAAGUCGCGAAUUGUCUUCUCUCGCCCGCAGAAGUCGAAAUCAAAGAGCGUAUUUGGGUACAUGAGAACCGAGACUAUCUCCGCGCACAGCAAGCAAAAGCUCUUAAGCAAGCACUAUCUCAAGGCGAGGAUGACGGAACUUUACAGAAAAAACCACGCAAACGGCGCAAAGGAAGACUGGGCGACGUAACCUAUCUGCAAGGUGAAGAUGGGAAGGGUAGUCGCGCGUCUACACCGGCAGAAGCUACGAGACUCAUGCUUGAGCAGAGAGGAUACAGUAAGAAGAUCAAUUACAAGAUGUUGUUUGAUCUAUAUGGCGACGAAGGUGCGGCUGAGAUUGAGAAGGCGGAAUCACAGAAACAAAGUCGCAGCCAGAGCGUGGCAUCAGAAGCGGCCUCGUCUGCCAAUCUCAAACCUGUUGUCUCUGCUACACCCAAGAUUGCAGUUCCUGGUGCGACGGCGGGAGGAUUUAACGAAGCCGAUUAUGACGACGAGGAGGAGGAGGCAGAGGAUGCGGUUGGUGAAGAGCCAGACGAUGAUCAGGAGGACAUUGAGAAUGCUUUUGCUGGGAAUUAUGAUGAGGAGGAUGAUUAUUAUGACCAGGGAAGCGACGAUGGCUAUUAG